CUCCAUGGUCCAGUUUUAAGCGGAGAUAAAAAAAUUUCUUGUUGGAUGGAAGAGGAUUUCAAAAACAAUCAAAAUGACAGUCUUCUUGCGAAAAUAAGAGACAUAAAAAAUUUGACAGGUACAAGAUUUAGUGACGUCAUUCUCGCUUCUCUAUCAGCAAAUCUGCAUAAAUAUUUCUGGCAGAUUGGUGAAACGGCGCCGAAAAAUUUGACAGUAGUAAUUCCGACGAGAAUGACAGCGCCAAGUCAAAAAUUAACUUUCAAAAAUCGUUUUUCUGUUGGACUGUUACCUCUUUGCAUUUCUGAAGUUAAUGGAAUUUAUUGUGGCCGUCCAACUGAUGAUCCUAGAAAGUUACUUGAUCGUUUACGGGACGUAUCAAAGUCUUAUAGAAAAUUACGAAGUGAUCCAGAUUAUUUAGUUAACUACUGGGUAAUGACAUGGUUGUCAGCUGCAUUACCUGAAGUAUUUCUCAGGCCGUUUCUUAAAAGUUACAGUACUAUGAUCUUUAGCAAUUUGCCAGGACCACAAGCGGUGGCGAUUUUAGGUCAUACAUUAAAAAAAAUUGCAUUUUGGAUUCCCCAUAGGGGAACAACAGGUAUAGGCUUUUCAUUCUUAACAUACAAUGGCAAUGUUCAUCUUUCAUUGAUAGCUGAUGAAGCUGUGGUAACUGAAGAAAUGAAUCUUGAUGACAUUCUCAAAGGGACUGUCAAUGACAUCAAAAGACUUCAUGACAACAUUACUCUACCUUGUUUCGCAAAAUCAUUUUUAAAUAACGCAGAUGCACCCAUAGAAACAGGUAUUGUGAAAAAGUAUAGAUUAGUUAUAUAUGUAGAUAUUUAAAUAUAAUUUAUGUUAAUCCUAGAAAAUUUUCAAGUAAAAGUAGAGC